AUUUAGACUCGCACAGGCGCCGCCCACCCCGUGACGUCGGUCCUCGCCUCGCUCUGAUUGGCUUUCAGCGGAACGGCUGCGUGGCGGCUUCAGCAGCUGACGAGAGAAACUCCUCAAACUCCUCGAGCAGAAUGACUUCCGCUUUCCUCUAGAGCCCCGUCUUCACGAGUCAUGCAGCGGCAGAAGAGCGCGAGCAAGCCGCAGGACGGGGAGAAGCGGCGGCGGCGGCGGAGCGAGGACGAGGGGCGUUCGGUGGCGUUCAGCCCCGACGCGAGGCUCUGCGUCAGUCUGCUGUGUCUCUCGCUGUGUCUCUUCAUCACAUGGCUGCACGUCCAGCAGAGCGCGACGCUCGCGGAGAUCUCCCAGAAGUACGAGCGCCUGCGCGGGCUGGAGGAGACGCUCUCCGCGGUGUCUCUGGAGCUGCAGGCCUCCUCGUCCUCCGUCAGCUCCGCGCUCCAGUCCUGGGCGGCGCUGCGGGCGGAGCAGGAGGCGUCCGAGCUCCUCCUGCGGUCCCUGGCGGAGCGCGCACGGAGCCUGACGGAGGCGCAGCGGAGCCCUGAGCCGGAGGAGCUGCGGAGGCGCUCGCGGGCCGCUCACGGGAGCGUGGCGCAGCAGCUGAAUGACGCCGAGGCGCUCCUCCAGGCGCUGAGCCGCCGGCUGCAGGAGGUGCAGGACGGGACGGCGAGGAACGGCCGGGCGCUGGAGCGCAGCGAGGAGGAGGACGCCCGGCGGCUGAGCGACCGGCUGGACUGGAGCGACGACGCCGUCUCCAAGCUCCUGCGGCAGCUGCGGCGUCUGGAGGAGCGGGGUCUGGAGCUCCGCGGGCGUCUGGACAGCCGCGCUCCUGUCCGCACACACCUCCCCGCCGCCGAGGACGCCGUCCGCUCCGUGCUCCGGCUCGGCGCGCGGCUCAGCGCCACCUACGGCCGGCUGGAGGAGCUGCAGGAGCGGGUGCGGAGCGCCGAGGAACACGUGAGCGGAGCGCAGCUCGGGGACUGACUCCUACCGCCGGACGACGUGCGCACUGUGACGCUACGGGAAAUAUUUCAGGACGUUUCUCGAUGUUUAUUUGAUGCGUGCUUGCCGUUUCAAAAACAAACAUUUAAUCUCUAGCAAAACGGUAAGAAACUGACACCCGAGAUGUAUCAGAAGUAACAAAGCAUAUAUGGCUUUUUAUUGGACGGGAGGUGCUCUAAUUUUGACGAUGAAUUGGUUCUUGGGAUUUAUUUAGUAAAAAUAAGAAUCGAGAAAUCAGUGUUUGUUCAGCCAGUCCUAGUUUGUACAGGAGAACAGUUAAACGUUAAAUGGAAGGAGUCUCCUUUUAAAUAAGUUCAAGGAGAAUAAAAUGUCAGAAUCUAUGGUCAUUCAGUCCUUCUGAACCGUACGUAUUAAAGCACACGAAAGAAUAAGUACAUACUAGAUUUUAUUGCGUUUUAAAUUCUUGAAUAUAACUGAAGUCAUGGGAAAAAAUGAUAUUUUUUUAAUGUAUUGCCAAACAACAACAAUUCGGAGCUGCGUCACACUUACUGUUUCGAUGCUUGAAAACCCUUGUCAUGUUGUUUUUAUUUGUAUUAUUAUUAUUAUUAUUAUUAUUAUUAUUAUUAUUUUGUCUAUAGUAAUCAACCUCGUGACACAAAUGUUUGUAUUGAACCUGGGGCCGGUUACAGUCUUUUAAAGUUAAUCAUGAAAAUGUUUUUACAUAAAGAUAGACUAGCCUUACAUUACCUCAUUCCAAAAAGUCCAAUGUUUAAUAAAUCUAAAUGUUUACAUUCGCACUACACGUGUCUUGCUGUGCAAUUUCCCUUUUAUAUAAUAAAAAAAUUCAAAAACCAAAAUCUCUGAAAAUGGCAGCAUUUAUAUCUUGAAAGCUAUUUAAAUACAUUUUUGUCAUUUGGUUGUAACAUUUCGAGAUCUUUAUGUGAAUAUGGCAACAUUUACUUUUUAAAAGCGGUUUAAUUAUAACAUUUUUAAAGCCUGAGUUCGACUGGGACUGUGUUGUUGUUUGAGUAUGGUGGUUCUCCUCAGCCAAUCACAGCUCUCCCUCUCGUCGCUCUCAGCUUCUUGGUGAACAGGUUUGAAGAGGAAACUUCGGUGCUGAGAUAAAACUGAAUUCUUUCGAUGCAUUUAAGUUAUGGUUUUUCUGCAGGAUAUUAGGAUAUUACGUAAAGAUCAUGUUUCCUAUCAAAUCUUCGUAUGCAUUGCUAAGAACUUCGAAGGAGGUUUUCUCAAUAUUUAGCAAGAUUCCAGCCCAAUAACUCGUCUGCUCCCGUUCGUCUGAUGAAGUA